AUGGCAGGCAGACAAGCAGGUGCAAAAGCUUUUAACCCUAACUCCCCCCUCAGAGGGCGAACAAAGCUAUUGGAAAAAUACUUGUUUUUUUGCACAAAAACCCACUCUAAGUAAGCGAAAAAAAAUUUAUGAAAAUAAAUUUUGAUAUAUAAGUAAUAAUUAGCAUAAUAAAAUCUUUAGCUAAAUCUAUUUUAUUUUAAACAGCUUGCAUUUAAAUGAAUAUUUGUUUAAAACAAUUUUAUACAUGCACUAUCUAAAAGUGCAUAUACAUUUUUAAAAAAAAUUAAUCCCCUCCGUUAACGAACAAAUUUUCUUGUUCGCUUAUGGAGUGGAGGAGUAAGCAAUACGAACGCCCUGGACUAACUGAAGACGAAAUUGAGGAGAUUAAAGAAGCCUUUGAUCUUUUCGACACUGAUGGAUCUGGUACUAUUGAUCCUAGAGAGCUUACCUCUGCCAUGCAAUCAUUAGGUUUCGAAGCAAAAAACCAAACCAUUUACCAAAUGGUCAGCGAUCUCGACAAAGAUGGCUCAGGCGCCAUCGACUUCGAUGAGUUCUUAGACAUGAUGACUGCAAGAAUGAGUGAUAAAGACACCAGAGAAGAUAUCCAAAAAGUUUUCAGACUCUUCGAUGAUGACAAGACUGGAACCAUUUCAAUUAAGAAUCUUAGAAGAGUUGCUAAUUUUCCCUUUUAUAUAAAUUAAAAAAUACAUCUAAUCAAAUAUUUUAAAAAAAAUAGUCUUUUACUGUGGAAGAGAGAAGUAAGGAACUUGGAGAAACCAUGACUGACGAAGAGCUCUUGGAAAUGAUUGAAAGAGCUGACUCUGAUGGAGAUGGUCAAGUGUCUUUCGAGGACUUCUACAACAUCAUGACCAAGAAAGCAUUCCCAUAA